UCCAUCAAUACACCGCCCGCGACACCACCAUGGGUAAGAAGAGACGCGGUCCCACGCUGGACGAGCUGAUGGCUCGUCCCUGGUGCUACUACUGCGAGCGCGACUUUGACGACCUGAAGAUUCUCAUCUCGCAUCAGAAGGCGAAGCACUUCAAGUGCGAGCGCUGCGGGCGCCGACUCAACACCGCCGGAGGUUUGUCUGUCCACAUGAGCCAAGUCCACAAGGAACAGCUAUCGGCCGUCGACAAUGCCCUUCCGAAUCGAUCCAGCCUUGAUGUCGAGAUCUUCGGCAUGGAGGGUGUCCCCGAGGAUAUUAUCCAGGCGCAUCAUCAGCGCGUCGUCACCCAGUUCCAGCAGGCCGAGGCCGAGCGCCAGGCCGUGACAGGGAACCCGCCUCCGGGCACCGGGGUCGGCGGUCAACCCGCGAAGAAGCCUAAGCUGGAGAGCGUGUCGGAUUUGAAGAAGCGAUUGGCAGAGCACAAGGCGAAGAAGGCGGAGUCUCGGACGGGGGGGAGCAGUGGUGAGGCGACGCCGGUGGGUGCUGGACAGAUGGCGGGACAGAUGCCCGUGAUACCAGUGGGCGGACAGACACCGAAUGUGGGUGGAUUUACGGCUAAUUACCCCCAGCCCUACGGCACGGCUUCCCCAUACCCACAAACCGCGAGCCCCGUGUAUCCGACCUUUUCACCUGGCCAGCAACCAUUCCCCCCGAGCGCACAGUUCCCGCCCGCGGGAUACUCGCCGCAGCCGUUCCCGACCGGCACGCCUCAGACAUAUAGUGCGACGCCAAGUGCCUUCCAGGUACCUCCGGGUCAGAGCAAUACCCCUCCGCAGACGACAGGGACAUUCCCGCCACGGUCCGGCAGUCUGCCCACCCCGCCGAAUCUGCCACAGCGACCGGCGGUGGCGGCACCUCCCGUCAAUGCCUAUCAAAUGCAACAGAUGCACAUGGGACACGCCGCGGCGCUGAACGGCGACAAACCGCAUGCGGAGCCGACCCUUUCCACAUCCGUCGACGAACUGAUCAACGGCACGGCGAAGCAGGCGGACGCGGCCGCGGCAGCGACAGCAACCGCGGCAGCGGAGAAGAAGACGGAGGAGAAGCCGAAAAAGGACAAGUCCAAGGCACGGCUAGUCUAUUCAGACAACGAGAUCAGUCCGGAGGAGAAGAUGGCACGGUUGGCAAGGUACGCAUAUGUUCCCGAAGACACAGACGUGGUGGCGGUGGAGGAGGUACCGGCGUCGACGGUGGUGGGGACGAAUCGGAUGGAUAGUUUAGGGGAUCCGGCGGAUGCUUGAUUUGGAUUCCCGGUCUGCCCGGGAGGCAUCACAACAUGCAGCUAAGUUCGUCGCUCCGCUGAUUGGGUUGUCCUUGACUGGGUGUAGGGUCGAAGCGAGCGGAGAUGAGAAUCUGUAAGUGAACGACCUUGACUGGAGAAUGAAUGUAAGUCAAGCAGGUAGGCCACCUGUAUUUUACGUUGCAAUACGCAUUCUGUAUGCCAUACAUAACUAUGACUCCGUAGCCCAUACCCUAUCAUUAUACUAGUAUCACCAAUCUAAG